AGUCCUGCACAGGUGUACCGGCUCCUCCCCUCCAGUCUUGCACAGGUGUACCGGCCCCUCCCCUCCAGUCCUGCACAGGUGUACCGGCUCCUCCCCUCCAGUCCUGCACAGGUGUACUGGCUCCUCCCCUCCAGUCCUGCACAGGUGUACCGGCUCCUCCCCUUUAGUCCUGCACAGGUGUACUGGCUCCUCCCCUCCAGUCUUGCACAGGUGUAUUGGCUCCUCCCCUCCAGUCCUGCACAGGUGUACUGGCUCCUCCCCUCCAGUCUUGCACAGGUAUACCAGCUCCUCCCCUUGAGUCCUGCACAGGGGUACUGGCUCCUCCCCUCCAGUCUUGCACAGGGGUACCGGCUCCUCCCCUUCAGUCCUGCACAGGUGUAUCGGCUCCUCCCCUCCAGUCUUGCACAGGUGUAUCGGCUCCUCCCCUCCAGUCUUGCACAGGUGUAUCGGCUCCUCCCCUUCAAUCUUGCACAGCAGUACCGGCUCCUCCCCUCCAGUCCUGCACAGGGGUACUGGCUCCUCCCCUCCAGUCUUGCACAGGUGUAUCGGCUCCUCCCCUUCAGUCUU